UCACUUUACCCAAUAAAUAUUUCAUUCUUUAUAGCCGUUGCAGCCUCUCUUCCUCACACAACUACAACUACAAUGACGACGACCACAGAAAACGCUGCCGUUUCACAUUCCGACACUUCUUCAAUCGCCGCUGCGCUGGAUCCAAUUACCGCAUUUUCUUCUCUGAAGCGGAAGCGACCGCCGAAGAUUGAGAUCCCAAACGUCCUGCAAGAAAUUAAAACCGAGAAGCAGCGUGACUUGGCGCCGCGAAACGGCGUCGUUUGCUUCAGUGGGAUCGGAGUUGGGGUCUCCUCCGCCAAAGGCAAGAAGAAGUUUAUGGAAGACGCGCAUAAGAUUGUUUCUUGCUUACAAGGCAACUCAAAGAGAGGUUUCUUUGGGGUUUAUGAUGGGCAUGGUGGUAGUAAGGCUGCAGAGUUUGCUGCUGAGAAUUUGCACACUAACAUUCUUGAAAUGAUGGAUGCUUGUACAGAAAAAGAAGAGGCCUUUAGAGCUGGGUAUCUGAAAACAGAUCACGAGUUCUUGAAACAGGGUGUAGGGAGUGGUACCUGCUGUGUAACUGCCUUAGUCGAUGAGCAGGAGGUGGUUAUUUCGAACGUGGGAGAUUGUAGGGCUGUUCUCUCCAGAGGUGGAGUGGCCGAAGCACUUACAAGAGAUCAUACUGCGGCACAGGAGGGCGAACGCCAAAGAAUACAGGAUAAGGGAGGAUAUGUGGAGUUCCACAGAGGAGCAUGGAGGGUCCAUGGGGUUCUUUCUGUUUCAAGAAGCAUAGGAGAUGCUCAUCUGAAGAGCUGGGUGCUGGGUGAGCCUGAAACAAAUGUCUUACAGCUGACUCCAGAUAUGGAAUUUGUUGUAUUAGCUUCGGAUGGACUGUGGGAAAAGGUUGGCAACCAAGAAGCAAUUGACAUGGCGACACGAACAUGUUCAGUACAGAAGAAAAUGGCACCUCCAGGAAAUGGACUGAAAGAUAAUGAUGAAGACCAUCUGUGUGUCAGUGUUAGCCCUUCAUCAAAGUUGCGAAGGACCUUGUUGGUUAAGGAGCCAAAGGUGACCCAAUCCCCAGGAGAACUCCAGAAAGAUAAUAAUGAUGAGAGUGGCUGUGUUAGGCACAGCCCUUCAUCAAAGUUGCAGAGGAUUUCAUUGGUUAAGCAACCAAAAGGGACUCAAUCCCCUGGAGAACUACUGAUAGAUAAUAAUGAGGACUAUGGCUUUGUCAAUGUGAGCCCUUCAUCGAAGUUGCGAAGGAUUUCCUUGGUUAAACAGCCAGAAGGGAUGCAAUCUCCAGGCUAUAAGAAGACACUCUUUGGCUCUAAAGAUGCUGAUAAUGACUUUUCAAGUGAAAAUGAAAGCCCUCCAUCAAAGUCAAGAAGACUAUCAAUGGUAAAACGAGUAAACAUGAAGACUGAAUCUCCCAUAAAAGAGAAGUGUGGAUGUAAAAUCAGACCUACCUGUGGUGAGAACGAAUUUGCAAGUGAAAAUGAAAGCCCUCCAUCAAAGUCAAGGAGAAUAUCAUUGGUUAAGCGAGUAAACAUGAAGAGUGAAUCUCCCAUAAAAGAGAACAGUGGAUAUAAAAUGAGACCCGCCUCUGGUGGACUGGUGACUGCUUGCAAGGAGCUUGUGAACCUUGCUUUGAGUAGGGGUAGCUUGGAUGACAUCACCGUAAUGAUAAUUGAUCUCAAUCAUUUUAGAUGCAACAGUGGAUAGGCCUAGGUCAGUUGACUGGGAAACCCUGCACUUGCACAGCUAUACACGAGCUGUGAGGGUCUAAUCCUCACUGAAUCUGCAUAAAGCUGUCGAGGGUUUAAUCCUCACUGAAUUUGAGGCUAUACAUAAAGCUGUUGAUGGUCUAAUCCAUGCUGAGUAUACGUUAGAUUCUUUAACCAGGUAGUCAUUUUUUCUCUCUGUAAAAGCUUAAUGAUCUCGCGCCACCUGAAGCUGAGUCUAAUAUAAUCUGAAUUACCUUUCAUUCAUCAGUGCUUCUUGCUCAGCUUUGGUUUGUACAAUGUGCGGAUAUAUAUAUAUAUAUAUAUAUAUAUAUAUAUAUA